AUGAUAUUAUCUCACCUUGAGAUUUUAAACACCCCACCCAAGCAAGGGACGCAACUGCCGCGCAGCAUGAACAGAAUAGACGACCCGAGCUAUUCAAAUGAGGGCAGCCUGGAAAACGUCACAGUAUCUCACAAUGUAGAAGCAAAUAGCCAUGUGACAGAAAAGCAGACUUCCCAUUCUGGUACCUUCACCAAAAAAGACGUAAAAAUGGAUCAAAAAAAGAAAACUAUGCAGAACGAAGGGAAAACCAAUCAGCAUGAUGGGGAAGAAAAACAUAACAAAAUUACAAAUGAACUUUUGCUAAAGCAUGAUGAAAUAUUUAACUCGGAUAUGCAAAAUAGGAACAUAGUACACAGAAUAAAGAAGGAUGCAGUGGUGGAGAAAAGACGAGAAACUUUGAGCAUAAGUUCUUCUAAGGCAAUUUUUCGAAAAGAGAAAAAAAACAUCUUUGGUGCCCACUUGACGAAGGAAAAAUGUCAAGAAAAUAUCGAAAAAAUAAAUGAAAAAAUAAACAACACAAUCAAAAAGAUACUCAAAUUGUACAAUGAGUCAAACAAGAAGCAAUACUUAUCAAGGUUAUUUCAAAUGAAAGACAUCAAUUGUCUGUUCAGUUGUAUGUUCUUCUGUCUACUAAUUAUAUUUUCGAUUAUGAAUGAAUACGUCGGAGUGUUACUCUCCACCCUGCUACUGAUCAUAUCGAUACAGCUAAAAUUUAGUCGGUCAAAUAUGGCUUUGCUGAACUCGAUUGUUGCCAUUGUUUUCAUUUCUAUAGCCACUGCGUACUCCUUUUCGAACAUAAAAAUGGAGGACAUCCCCCAUGAUAGCAUUACACGGAUUGAUAUCUCAAAUGCAAAGACGAAUAAGAGACUACUAAUCCUGGAGACGGUCAUAUGUCUAGCCUAUGCUUCCAUCCUAUUUAUAUAUAUGAUCUCACUACGAUCUGUAAAAAGGUGCAAAGAAAAACACGUCUGGAUAUAUCACCACAUAGUCACCUUUUUCAACUUCCUGGAUAUAUGCAUCCUCUUUGCCUUUGGAGUGCUAGCCUUUUUCUUUAUCUUUAUUUGUCUUGGGAAAACUCUAUUCAUCAUCACAUCAUUCACGUUAUUUUCUACCAGUAUCCUUACCUACUCCCUUCGUAAAAACAGCAGCAUAGGAACGUUGAUACUCCAAACAAUUGCGAUCAUAGCGAAUGCGAUUAUAGCUAGCACGUCUUUAUCAAAAAACACGACAACACACAGACUGGCAGAUCUACCUCCUGACGAAUUUGAACAAUUGAGCAACAGGAUAUUCCUCUUCUAUAUGAUCUUUCUUAUCUUUUUUUUGGUUCUUCAUUUGUUGUACAUUUUUUAUAUAUUUUUUUCGCACAAGUAUAUUUUGUCCAAGUGUUUUUCCCAGAGGUCUGCUUACUACUCGAGUGUCUUUCCGCAACCCGCAAGUGUUGUGGAUGAUCACUCUGGUGAUGUUCCCCAUGGUAGUGCGAACAACCAAAGUGAUGAAAACAGCACGCGUAAUAAAAAAUACGAUGGGUACAGCAGCGGGAACCGCCCCAACAAGGGGGGGAUCCAUUUUGUGCGAGAAAAGUACCUUCUCAGUUUAGAUGAUAACAACAAAAUCCUUAACGUCCAGAGGAGAAGCUGCAAGCAAGUGCAUCUCGAUAUGGGAAAAUACACAUACAACGAGCUUCAUUUGUACAAACAACUCCUGCUUAAUACAGUGGUCGAGUUGAAGCGCUCGCUGUGGAGGCGCAGAGGGAGAAGGGACACAUCCAGGGGGGCAAGGAAUAGGGACAAAACGGGUAUAAAAGGGAAAGACAAAAGGAGGAAAACCACACAUAAGAAGAUCACACAAGAGAAGGUCAGUAUGGGUUCAAAAAAAAGAUCCAAACGAGCGCAACGGUUGAGAAGCUCACAAUGCCAAGGAAACAGCCAGACGGAAGACUUUGUACUAAGCAUCAACGAAGAAUCGUCCGAAUAUCAGACCAACCACUGCAACACAGAUGAGGGUGCCAACACCCAAGGAAAUAAAGGAAGAUGCAGGAAGAACAACAAAAAGGGUGCACCUAAGAGUGCCAAUUUUUUGCUAAAAAAUCUAUCCCUCGUUCAGAAGGAAAGAAGUCGGAAUAAGGUCGCUCCAAAGAGACCACUGCAGAACCAUAAUAUUUACCUUACCCACUGCGAAAACGACAUAUAUUGCCCAUCCUCCCUAUUUUACACAAAGUACACACACAUAAUAGAUGUUCUGCUAGAAAAUUACGAUGAGCUUAUAUUUUACUUGGACCGAAAGAAGUUCUUCGUGGGGCUAAGCGAGUUAGCUGAGAGGGGGAAUCCAACUACAAACGGUGAAAUUAUUUCCUGCCAAAAUUGUGCAACCGAAGGGGAUAUAAAGAAAUGUGGAUCGGCUGUAAACUCCAGUGCACUUCUACCGAAGAGUAGCAUAAACGACUCUUCGUCUCCUUUAUCGCAUCCAACUUUGGAAAAGACCACUAAGUCGUCAUUCCUUCAGCAUGAAUCUUCAGAGUCGAGCCCGUUAAAGGAUGCCUUUAUUCCCCCAUUCGAAGAAAGAAGUCCCAAUUACAUGCACACAAAUUGGGGUAACCAACUUAGCAGUAGUGUACACUUAACGACCGAAUACGGGGCAGCAAAUGAGGGACAAUUCCUAAAGGCGGAAAAUUGUAGAGCCGGUUUGAUAACUAGUGCGUCUAAAUGGACAGACGUGCUGAACGGAACCGAAGAUGAAUUAAACGAGUGUUACUCAAUGUUCAUGCUAAACGCAGAAGGAAACGCAGCAAGAGAGAGGGGCAACUCGCUAUUUAGCAAUCUCAACAAUGAUUAUAUGAACAUCCCCGUGUUCUCCUCCACGUCCAACUCUUUCCCUUCCAACUCCCUCACUUCUAACUCCCACACUACCGAUGAAGAAAACAAAAAAGCAGAGAACUACUUCUGGUACUACUCCCCCGGUAUUAUCGGAAGGGUUUACAAAGAAUGGCUAAAAUGUAAAAAUUUAGAUUAUAAAAAAAUGAAUAAUGAUUUUUAUUACCUCUUUGCUAACUCGAACAAGCUUCACGAAUUCAUAAAAUCCAAUCACACCACUCUGGAAAAACAGGAUGAAAUUAAACUCUUCGAUAUUAGUCAAGUGCUAAGUAGUAAUAACAGCAUUCUAAAUUCUAUUCAGAAAUCCUUUUCGUCUUUUAAGGCUUCUCACUUAUUUUCUGAGGAGGUACCUAGCAGCAGUUCUUUAAAUCGAAUAAUACACACCUUUUUAAUGGACACUAACAGCAACAUUGAAAGGCUGUGCUUGGUUGAUUCUAAAAAGGUACAUCCGUUUUUAGAGGACGCGAACAUAAAUAAAUUUCUUUCAUCAUUGUACGAACAGGAGGGGAACGAAUUUCUGCUGGGAGAAAUGACUCUCUCCCCAUCAAGGCUUACUCCAGAUUUGAUUGAGCAGCUGAACCAGAUCGUCGCAGAAAAGAAAUCCGAAGAGGGGACACAAAUGAAGGGCUAUUCUACACACGUGGUGGGGAAAGCGUCUCCUCUUGAUGGUGAUAGGGAUGAUGACCUACUUGCGGACCAGCACAACGCCAUUCCAAUGAGCUACCAAAAUGGGACACCUCCUAGAGGAGAAGCGGACGGAAUGGUACUCCCCCUGUGGAACGCACUAAAUGGUGCCCCGAGAAAGGAAAGGCAACCGUCACCGCAAGACAAUCGCAAAGAUGUGAUAAAUCUCAGCACAUCACACCUGCAGAAGGAACAUGGGGAAAACUUCGACUUGAACGACCUUCUAAAUUACGCCGAGUCUCUCAUCCUGCAGAACAAGCAAAAUGAGGCGACCAAAGAAAGCGAACUACCGGGCAUAGGAAACACAGGCGACACAUACAAUGCAGACGUUCAAAUGCAAACCGAUUCGGACGCCGAUUCCACCGACAUAAAACACUUUGAUGAAAUUUUAAGCAACUUUAUUAAAAAUUUCGUGUCUACCCGGGACAACAGGGUACCUCAUAGUAGCUCCAGGCAAAGUGAACAGAAGCAUGACGACCAAAUGAACUCCUUGAAAAAUAUAGAGGAAAUUUAUUCCAACAUAAAAAAAACAAUAUGUGAUGAGGAGGCAAGCGGGGCGGCCACCGCGGAAGGCAGUGUUAAAAAAAAUGGAGAAUCCCUAGCCAAGCAAAUAAUCCACACCAAGAAAAAAGAGAUGCACCUAAAAAAGAGAAACGUGCAAAAUGAGCAGCACCUUUCGAAUGCACUAAAAAUAAGGGAGGAUCCAAAUGGAAGCAACGAACUAAAUCAAAAACUCGCAACAGGGGGGACGAGACACCAAUUGGGGAAUCUUAACAUAGUGAAGAACAAGUCCAAAGGGAGUAUCGAGUGCUUAAGAAAGAAAGGCAAAAAGGACACGAACCACUGGACAUAUAACGCAUUUAAUGAGUACAUAAAUAACGAUUUAAAUCUUGAAAAGAAGAAAAAAAAAAUCGAUAGCAAAACGGUUCCAAGCAGGACCGAUUCGGUGCACUCAGAUGAUGUGAGCGCAAAUAUGAAGUUCACCCUAAUUUGUAAUAGCAGCGAGGAAAAUGACAAGGAUCAAAAAAGGAGAAAAAAUAAAAUUCUCGAAGAAGAGAAACUUCACGUUGAAGAUACCCAACAGGAUGACCAUCUAAGUGAGACACAAAAUUGGGGCAACAUCUCAGAAGGGUCUCUUCCUGCUUAUGCGACUGAUGGGGGACAUGCACAAAAAAAGGGUAACAAAUUUUCACCCGCCCCAAAAGAGUUAUCGUCCAAAUUGAACAACGUAAAAUUGGAGAGAGAGAAAAAAAACAAACCCAAGCAACACACCGACGCAAAGAACAACCACUCACGUGGUAGCAGCGUUAGCAGCACACACGAAGGGGGGACCUCUAACGCAGAAAGGGUGAACGAAUCGUAUCACCGCUUACAUGAGGGGGAGAUGAAAGAUGGACCAAAUGAGAGCAAAAUGUACACUUCAAAUAAUCACAAUGUAGAUGAUAGGGAAAACUCCAACUUGAAAGACGGCCCUAAGAAACCACUCCUUCAGGACAAUCAAAAAUGGAAAGGCAAAAAUGAAAAGUGUAGCCAGACGGAGGAGCUAAAAUCAGACGUUGUGCAUAAUACAGAAAAGGGGAUUCUGUUCAAUGGGAACGAACCCCAUAACAGUGUCUCAGCAUCGGUGUUGAGAUGUCCCCUCGGUCAGGAAAAAUGGAACAGUAAAUACGAUCAUGAGGGAACACAAAAGAGCCUCAAAAUGGAAAGCUCCCAUCUCGGCGAGCACAAAGAGACACCAUCAAACCAGCGAAAAGAAAAAGAAAAUAUGAAAUGGAAUCACCAUAUGGUGAAUGUAAAAGUGAAUGGAGCAAGCAAUCCAACAAAAUUUCCAUCCCCUGUAAAGGAGUACUGCAUACAUAGCAACCAAAUGAGUUACAACAAUUCCAGCAACUUCGAUUCAGCGCAAGCUUGUGAGCGACCUGGUGAAGGAGACCCGUAUGGAGGUGCCUACCACAAAGGGGAGUUCUCCUACCGUUCUAAUUCCCCCAAAAGUGGUGAAGAAAAAAGUGAUGAUUCUUACAAAUUUUCAAAUGCACACCAAACGAGCAGCAACUUUAACCUAGACACGCAUGACCUCAUAAAAGAUUUGAAAAAAUAUUUGUGCUCACCUCCAAAUAGUGUAGACCUAGAGGACAGCAAACUGAAUGACACCUUUCUACUCGAGUUUAUCAAUAAGUACUUGGAGAAUAGCAACCCCUGUGAAGUUAGUGUAUACAACGAAGUAGUGUUUGAUGAGGCAAGUGCAAAAAAGGAUAACCACCAAGUUACCACCGAGAAGAAGCACGAACAGAGCGAAGGAACCAGCAUCAGAAACACAAAAGAAAGGAAAACACAAUAUUAUAAUCUGUAUGAUGAUAAAAAAAAGUGGCAGAGACAAGAAGACAAAAACGUAAGUGGGACACUCUCCUCCAAUUUUUACGAUGAACACAUUGUAAAUUUUCUCAAUACGUACAUGUUUGAAAACAGCGACCGGUUGAUGAAAAACGCCAUUUUGAAAGACAAGCAGGAAGGUAAUGCGAAGUUGGAGAAGAAUAUGGGAAAGGCUAGACUACUUCUGGACGCUCAGUCUGCAAUGGUCUACAAGAAGGGUGAAAAGGAGGAAGGCUUCCUCGAAUUGGACUAUGAUAGUUCCGAUGGUAAUGGCGAUCAUGAUAACGGGCAGGGGAAACUCCACAGUGAUUACCAAGAUAAACAGGAGAGACCGCGAAACAAAGAGGCAAGCAUUUCCCUCAAAGGGACUCACCUAAAGAAGAAACAAAAUGACACCCCUUUAGCAGGAAGUAAUUUGCAUAAGAAGGAAACAAAUAAAUAUCUUUGCAACGACAAUCAGGUAAGCAUUAGUGGGGAACACGUACCAUGGGACCACGCUGGAGAAAACGCUUACACCUACAAGGACCGGAACAAGAAAGGGACCCUCUGUUCAAACAAGGGACAAAACAUGUUUGAGGAGUUAGCUAGUUCGAAGGGGAAAGAAGACGAGGUAGAAGAACAAAGCCAAAAAAACGGGGGAAAAAAUGAGAAGAAAAAAACAAGCAGUGAUAUCUUCUACAGCAUAAGCAACUUAGAAAGUGUUAACGAAGAUGAACCGUUGGCUCACCUGAGAGGUAAAAUGAACAGCAGCAACCACCACCCAGGGGAAGAAAAGGAAAAAGAAAAGAUAAUUAAAAAGGCGGAUUUAAAUUUAGUCUUACAAAGCAGUGGUAGCGAAAAACAGAGUCAUGAAGAUACCUCCUCCCAUGAAGGAAACUCUGCGAACGGUGUGGAAAAUGUACAAAAGGAACAUCCUCAUCACAUUUAUAAACCAAAUGUGAAUAUAUUUGACCAAGCGUACGGAUUUGAAAGCAAAAUAUCUGACGUUAUCUCAUCCUCAGGUAUUGAACCCUCGGGGGUACUAGUCGGAAGCGACGCCUUGUACGAAUCCUUCGCUUAUAAAAGUUUCGAAAAUAUCGACAAUAUGAAAAGAAGGAUGAACCAACUUAGCAGUAAAGAAGCAACGGAUGAUGCGAGUGGGGACUUGGACGAAAAAAAAUCCACAGUCAUAGUCAGUGGGGCAAUGGAUGGAUCCAACUCAAAGGAUAGAAUGGAAAUCCUUCGCUAUAGCGAUGUUGUCAAGGAGGGAAGUGGUAAUAGGAGCAGUUGUGGUGAGGAGACGAAGGGGGAACAGGGUCAACCGCGCUGCGUCUCUACACUCAUUUCGAACCAUUCAACGGUGAACGCCGCGGGGAAAGUGAAAAAGGAGAGCGACUAUUUCGCGGGAAAAGACGCGAUAAGUUCAGGCAAGCAAAAAGAGCUAAACAGAGGUGAACCCAAUCCAAGUAGAGACCACCUGGGAAGUACAUAUGUAGACCACCAAAUAGGGAAGGAAAAAAAUUACUUAAAAAAUAAUUUUACCAAUUAUGAAAUUUACGAGGGUUCAAAAAUCCGCGGUGGUAGCGGUCAGAAAAGUGGCACAAGUGUAAGGGACCACUCGGGGGGAGACCGAUCGCACAACGAAGUGAGUACCCAGGUGGAAAUGAAUCUUUGCAAUAAAAGUCCCCCCUUCCAGGAAGAGAAAAUAAUACAAUCUAAGUGUAGUAACAACUUGGGAGCACCCCUCCUCGGAGAUAGUUACAAAAAUAUUAACCACGUAAAUGUGCUCCAAGUGGACCAUAACAUCGUCACGAAAAUGAUGACCUAUGACGAGCCAGAAGCAGGGAAAAUUCCACUCUCAUGCACAUAUGGUGGAAAACUACACAAUAAUGUUGGAGGCGCUCCGAAUAACUCCUUCUUAUCGGGGGAGAGACCUUCCUCCCUGGUAAGCAAAAGCCUUAUGGAUUCGCAAAACGGUUCAUCGAGUAACCAUAUAAAGGGUAGGAAAAAAUCUGACUGCCCCAGCAGCGUGGAAGGAGCCCAACAGAACAUGCCUCAAACAAAUGAACAAAAGAAGACGCGCAGUAAUCCCUAUCAGAAGCACUUCCUGAGAAGGGGAGCAAGUGUGAUCACUUAUCCUCGAGGCGCAGAGGAUAUCUCUAAUGGGGGAGAGAAAAAAAAAGAUGAUGCAGAACAGGUACACAUGGACGAAGCGAUCGAAGCAGACAUAGACGAGGAUGAUGAAAACGACUUCUCCGAAAUGUUUUCCUGGAAGGGGAAAGCACGAACGAGUUGGAGACCUCCCAGGAGCCACACCAAAUUGACGCUCACGGAGAGGACGCCCAUGAGCUUAGAAAAUUCGCAAAGCACUGAAAGCGACGUGGAGAAGAAAAAGGGUACAACGAAAAAAUGGGAUUUGGGGGAGACAAAUCGUUAUAAGCAGGAAAAUGAAUUGAGCGCAGGAAGGAGAAAAAAAAGGGUACCACCGUGAAUGAAAAAACGCAACAAGGAACUCAGUCGUGAAGCAAAAUUACAUCAUCUUUUAAAAUCGCGCAAAGAAAAACGUAGCGAAUACAAGCACAAAGGUAUUCAUGGGGACGUAAUGCAAAGUACUAAAACGGAUACACAAGAAUCCUUCAUUGAGCUAAUCGAACAGGGCAACAUUUUCCCCACCAUCAGACGAAGUGAACUUCCGCGAGAGAGCAACACGCAGACGUGCGUCAGGAACGAACGAAAGGAGGCCUCCAAACUGCGGAGCGUGUCGGAGAAUGUCCUCAACAUGGAAGACAUAAAAGUGUUCACAGAUGACGGAUUCAAUGAUGAGUACAAUCAUUUUUACAACUGGAACGAACUCAAUAACGAAGUUAAUCAUGAAAUGAACAAAACGGAAAAUUAUAAAAAAAUAUAUUCCUCGAAAAAAAAAAUGAACAGUUUGAAUUUGUUCAAAGGCAAUCAUAACAACUCACGCAGAAGACUCCAUUUAAGUGAAGACAUUUAUGUCGAUGGUGGUAACUCACGGGUAAAGCAAAAUAAUAGCAAUUCGCCAUUUUACAACAGCACAAAACGGAUGAGAAGAUCGGUCACUAUUGGGGAUGCCAACUCGAACAAUUUUUACAGCUUAGAAAAAAGGGGCAAGAAAAUUGCAAAUUCGUUGGUGAACGAAUUGGGAGAGGAGACCACACGGAAGAGGCCCACUGUGAAGCCCGCGAACAGUGCGUACGACUCCAGUUACGAACUGAAGAACAGCUUAGCGAAAAGAGGACACACACAAAACAACAGCUCGUCUAUCAUUUCAUUCAAUGAAGAAAAGUUUUUAAGAAACGACCUGACCAUUACAAAAAUUAUGGCGCUCGACGAAUCGGUUCAUAUAAAUUCUAACUUCUCUUUCGAAUCGAAGUAUUCGGGAAGUUUGUGGCAAAAAAUGAAAAGCGGGGCAGUUGGGGAGAGGACUAAUCUAGAGGAUAGCACCGUAAUUAACUCCCCCACGGGGAAGUACCACCCAAAGCAUGACAGCUACUCGAACGGGGUUGUUAACACAGGUAGAAAAAACACAAAGACCAAUUCGAAGGGGGGGGUAAUGAAAAGUGCAUUAAGCAAAAGGAAAAAAUCGCUAACUGGGGGACAAACCGACACAAAAAAAAAUUUGGCAUCAUACCUACCGAAGGAUUCCCAAAAAAAUUUUGUUCACGAGUUAAAAAGAAAACUAGCCACAAAAAAUGCCCAAGUGAAGAAAAACCAAAUGGGAAGCGACCCAAAUCAUAAUGGUGAAAAUCAGGCGUCCAAAAAGAAGACCUACAUUGACCCCAAAAAGCUUACCAGCGCCAUUCGAAAUUUUAAAAAUUACAAAAAAAUGUCUCGUGACAAUAUGAAAGCGGUCCAAGUGAGACUGCCACCAAAAAAAACAGACGCUAAGAAAUACAGACCUUUAAAAUUGCGGUACUCAGUGGAUAAUUUCUACAAUGUUAUAAAUAGCGAAGACGACGCAAAUGAGGACAUGUUCAUCCACAGGCACGGCAAGUGA